AUUAUUCUGACAUCGUGCUGACAUCUGACAGCUUUGAGCUUAGAGCAAAGUAAAUUAUAUACUUUGUAUUUGACAGGUUCCGCAAUACGUCGCACAAUGAAUAAUUAUUUAUUUAUUUUUAAAUAAAUAUUCAAGUUUUAUUACUUUAUCUCUACACCCACGUUGCUUUUUCGGAUUCAAUGUCCUUUAUUUCCUCUGGGCAAGAUAAUUUUCCGUUUAUUAUGAUAAAAGUACUACAGCAGUGAAUCUACUGGUUGUAUUUUGAUUAAAGUUAUUUGGUGUUAUAAUGAUUAACAGUGCAUUAAAACUUUGCGCAUUGUCGCUUAUAGUGACUGUAGAUGAAACAUUAUCUCUAUACAAUAAACCUUGGAAUGAAAAAUAUGAAAAUAACAAGUGUCCUAAACUUUAUCCGAAAAAUUUCGAUAACCAUAUGCCAGUAGGCAAUCUAACUGCGGGUAACUAUACAGAAAAGACAGAUCUAAAAGGUUUAAGACAAUGUGUAAUGGCUUGCUGCCUUGCUGAGGCUUGCAACAUAGUGUUCAUCGUAGAAUCUAGAUGUUUCCAUGUUGAGUGUGUGGCUGAUGAACUGUGUCUUCCACUGCCAAGAGUUGGGGGCAGGAAAUGGGACACCCAUGUAUCAAUGAUCCUUGUUAAACCUGUCUUACCAAAUGAAAACUGGUCAGACAUUUUAGAUCAGUCCAACUUUAGAGAGGUAAACAAUAACUAUUCACCAGAGGAGGAACCAAUUUAUUCAUAUUCCAAUCGGCGUAAUGAAAUGCAAGAUGAUGAAGAUACAAAUUUUUUGACACAUUUUAUCAAUAACUUACCAAAUAUGGAAGAGGAUGAGCAACAAAACUUUGAUAAAUAUACUGAUAGUACAGACAAUGAAAUGAUGCUAGCUUCUAGGUUUUUAGAAAAAAUUUCAUGCGAAGUGGGAGCCGAUGAUUGCCCAUACAAUGCUGAGUGUAUACCCUUAGGCCUUAAGAUGCGUAAUGGUAUUUGCAAGUGCGUUCUCGGAACUGUAGAGAAUUCUCAGGGUGCCUGUAUUUCGCCUCAUAGGACAUUUUCCAAAAGUGACGCAGGAUCCAUUGGGUCAAUGAAAAAGAGUGGCUCUUUAAUAUCUGAAAUGAAAUCUGACAAUCUGAAGACAGACAAGCCAGCACCUCAUCAGAAUUUGACAGUCUCUAUAUUAUCUAAAGAGGUGCAACUUCCAGAAAAUGAAGUUACUUUAGCUGCAUAUACUAUUCCUGAUGAAAAAUCAACUAUGAGUCAUUAUAACUAUGUAUGGACGCUUGUCGACCAACCCAAAGGAGGUUUUACAGGCAACAUGAUCCAAAACGAUGGAACGGUGACCUUGAAAGAUCUUACAGAAGGUCAAUAUAGGUUCAAAGUGACAGUAAACAGUACAAACUCUUACGGCGAAGGUUUUGCUAACGUGACAGUUCUUCCUCCGAAACGCGUCAAUACCCCACCAAUGGUUGUUAUCACUCCGCAAUCGCAAACUGUGAAGCUGCCGAAUUCUGGAGCUGUUUUAGACGGCAGUGCCAGUAAGGAUGAUGAUGCAAUAAUAUCCUGGCAUUGGGAACUGACCGCGGGACCGAUCGGCUACCAACCACCUUUACAAGACGGGUCCACGUUAGUAUUGAAAGAUCUCAAGCAGCCGGGCAACUAUACCUUCAAACUGACUGUCGAGGACUCGGAUCAUGUGAAAAACUCUACAUCAGCCAACAUAACCGUGUUGAACCACACUGACUAUCCUCCAGAAGCCAAUGCAGGCCAAGAUGUUAUAAUAUAUUUACCAAACAAUAACUUAACCCUGAACGGGAGUUUGUCAACGGACGACCAUGAAAUUACCUCUUGGGAAUGGACGAAAUCUACUGAGGACGAAAACAAAGCUGUGGACAUGCAAAACACUCAUUCUCCUUACUUGCAGUUAUCCAACUUAUCGGAGGGCGUGUACACGUUUGUGCUGAAGGUGACGGACUCGUCGGGGCAGACGUCCACAGCGGACGUGCACGUGUUCGUCAAACCGCCCACCAACACACCUCCCGUCGCUGACGCCGGCCCUGACGCGUUCAUAUCACUCCCACAAACUUGGAUCCCCCUGAACGGUUCGGCGUCGCAUGACGAUCACAGGAUCGUAGCGUACACGUGGCGGUGCCUCUCGGGGCCCACUAACUCAAACAUUAUCAACUUUAACGAGUCUACAGCGAACGCGACCUUCCUAACCAAGGGGCAAUACGUGUUUUCGCUCACGGUGCUCGAUGAUAACGGGAAUACGGCUACAGAUAAUGUAACCAUCACUGUAACUCAGAACAAAAACAGCCCACCGAAAGCUGAUGGAGGCGGUGAUCAAGUCCUAAACCUUCCGUUACCGGUUCUUAUCUUAAAUGGUUCGAAAUCGUCUGAUGACUUCCGGAUUGUGUCGUGGAAAUGGACGCGGUCGGGUUCCGGUUUGGCAGCGGGGACCGUUAUAUUGCACUCUGAUACACAACCUGUGCUAAUGCUAACAAAUAUAGAAGCCGGUCGGUACGUAUUCGAGCUAACAGUAACAGACGAUCAAGGUGAAUCGGAUCGCGACACUGUCAGUGUUCAAGUUAAACCUGAUCCUUUAGAGAUGAAACUUCUGGAGAUGACCCUCAACAUCCCAAUAUCUACUUUCACGAAGGGACAGCUAGAUUCUCUGGUCCAAAAAAUGAAUUUGCUCCUGAAGGACGGUAUCUCGGUGAACGUGACUGAAAUAAAUGGUGAAGUUGAUUCUGGAAAUACUCUUAUAAUCUUCUUUUUAUCUGAGAAAGGAGUACCCGUGGAAGGCAUCGAGGCGCUUACUCAGUGUCGGGCGGCUGCUAUUAGCGCGGGAGCACGCCGAGUACGCUCCCUGCGGUGUCUCAGCACGUGCUCCGGACGGGGCGUGUGCGAGCAAGCGACGCGCACGUGCCGCUGCGACGCAUUCUGGAUGCAAAGUCUUUUCACGCAGUUUCAGCAAGACGCGCAACCUGAUUGCGACUGGUCAGUGGUGUACGCGAGCGUUUGUGGCGUGGCGGCGCUGGGUGCGUUGUGCGGGGCGGGAUACGCGUGCGCACGCGCAAUGCGCCGUAUGUGCGCGCCACGACGUCCGCGCACCAGACCCAACUACCGGCUGCUGCCGCUCGCAGACCACGAGGAGAAACCAUUCACGAGCAAAGACCUAUCCGAAACCGACACAGAUUCGGACGUUUUAUACGAGACCAAAAACAAAAUGACCUCGUUCGGUACUCGAGGUAUGAACGGCGAGCUGCAAAGCAACGGCUGGAAGAAUGGACACACAAAAACGUCGAGGAAAAUUAAGACGUAGCUCCGACGUGUCGUGGACUACCUCCACGCUAAAGCCUCGACUAUCAUGGUGUGAUAUAAUCGGUGUCGUUACUAGGGCCGGAAGUUACGUUCCUUUACAAGCAAACUACAAAUCAAGCUUAAUUUGCUAACGAUACAUUGUCGAUACGAAAAGAAUACAUAACGACACAUUUUCGCUCCUGCGCUUAUCCUUAGAUGUUCGAGAAAUGUCCUCAUUGUUGCUAAGAUUUGUUGCAUUUUUUCUUAGGUUUAUAAUAAACUAAAAAGUAGCUUUUUUAGGUAUGUCAUGCUUGUCGCAAAUAAGCGAAAUUUUGUAAUAUAAACAAUCUUUUCACAGCAUUGAUAAUGAAUUACAAGACCUGGUACCUAAAGGUACGUCAUUAACUCAUCACAUUCAUUGCUUAGCGGGGUUUUCAUGUUAUACUGAACAGGAUUCUCUAAGUCAGUAUAAAAUUCCUCGAUGUGCUUGGGAUUACAAUCCACACUAAUGACUUAAAAGUACGCUAAAUCUUUUUUAAUACCUUUCUGUAGAGCAAGCAUUUUUUUUUAAAUCCAUGUGACCCUAGAUUUGGCACCUAAUGAUAAUAAAUAUGACAAACCGAGAGUGCGUGGACAAUUUUGAGGAGAUGUUUGAUUUUUCUUUUAAAUAUGAAAAACAUAGAUCCCGGUGUAGCCAACUUUUACAAAUGCAGUUUCUGUUUAUAAUUGCCCACCAGCUCUUGGAAACAUUAUAGUUAUUACUGUUAUAAAUAAAUGAGGAAUAAUACAGUCGUAUUUAAUAUUGUAACAAUGUAUUUAUUGAAUGCGGAUCUGUACUUUAUGAAUAUAUAUAUAUAGACGUACUUAAACUAUAUAGCUAUAAAAUGUCUAUGAAAUGUUACGAUUUCAUUUCGAUACGAUACGAUUUCACAUAAGAAUUGCGAUGCUUUUUGGUUCAUUUUUGUAUAUUAUUAAAAGACGAAAGCGAAUCCAUUCUUUUGGAGUAAUACAGCCUAUUUGCCUAAUACAGCUUUAGGUCUUUCGCACUGCUUAAUGUAAACAAAUUACUAAAGUUUGAUUCAAUCACUCACACGCAUGCAAUUGUAAGAAAUUGUCCAUUACACAGGUUAAACGUCUCGGUCUUUUGACCUGACGCAACGUACACCUAAAAACUUACCGGAAUUUGCCGUUAUAAAAAUUUAAAAAAAUAUUAAAACUUUGUAUUUCGCAACUGCGGUUACACUAAGGCCGAGAUAAGCUAAUAGUCAUUGCUUAGCGUGAGUCGAAAAUAGUUAUAACUCGGAAAAUAACUACUUUCACUUAACUAAGCAUAGACUCUAAGAAUUACUUAUGUACAUAUAGGUUAAUUUAUCUUCGUUGCUUUAUUAAUGUAUGCAAGCGCACAUUUUGUCAGGCCUUUUUUACAUUCCUGCUUUAUAAAUUUAAUAGGUAAUAAAAUUGACAAACACCAAUAUAUCGAUGUGAUGCGUAUACAUAAUUGACUAUCGAUUUCGAUGAAAUACUACAAAUAAAGCCAGUAUUAAUUUUAUCUCAUAAAUAAUAAUUUACUUGCAUAAUAUAAGUAGGUAUUUAGAUUAAAAUAUUUUGGCACCUCCAAUAUUUCGCAUGGUAGCGAAAAUUACGUUCAUUGAUUUGUUAUAAGCACGAAAGCAAGUUGAAAUAUAAAGUUAUUUUAAUAAACACACAAUUUAUAAAAAAAAUGAGAGAAAAGUGCUUUUGCUAUAA